AUGGUGAUGGUAAAUGUUGAUGUGGAGACAUCGAGGAAAGUUUUGAUGGUGAUGACAAAUCUAGAUGUUGAGGUAUCAAGGGAAGCUUUGGUGGUGAUGGUAAAUGUCGAUGUGGAGACAUCAAGGGAAUCAUCAACAGUGAUGGUAAAUCUGGAUGUGGAGGUAUCGAGGGAAGCUUCGAUGGUGAUGGUAAAUGUUGAUAUGGAGAUAUCUAGGGAAGCUUUGAUGAUGAUGGUAAAUUUGGUUGGGGAGAUAUCAAGGGAGACUUUAAUCGUGAUGGUAAAUGUUGAUGUGGAGAUAUCAAGAGAAGUUUCGAUGGCUAUGAAAGUAUUGGAAACUUUGAUGGUGAUGGUAAAUGUCGAUGUAGAGAUAUCGAGGGAAGUGUCAAUUGUGAUGGUAAAUCUAGAUUGA